UGUUGACACUGACUGCAUGGAUUGACUAGAUGAUGCUCAAUGAUUGACUGCAGUCCCAUAAUAGCUAAUAAUAUCAUACUUGUUACUCUUUUAACUUAUCUCUCGGAUUUUUCAUUCUGGGUUUUCAGUUUCAUUGAAAAUAAUUUCAGAUUUGAACUCGUUCUUCUUAACUGUAAAUAAAGUGUGUCCAAAAUCACAGAUCUGUCUCUUUAUGUUGGAAAUUUAAUUGGGUGAAGGAAAUGGAUUCCAAGCGACUUAAAAUUUUCAGGUUUAACGAUCGGAGUACAGAACCAUCUUUGAGUUCUGGGCAGAAAUCUGACUUUGAACAUGGACUACGUCCAAGAAGCUUUAGAACAGCAGUUGGCAGAGUUUUGGAGAGGCUUCGGGGAAGAUUCGAUAGGGGUUCCGAGAGGAUUAAAAGCUUCAAAAAACUGAAAAGCAUCCCUUAUGUAGGUGAUCAGCCAAAAAAAGUGACAGCUCCAGCUCCUACUCCUAAGAAGACAAUUCUUGAUCCUCAGGGUCAGUUUCUUCAAACUUGGAACAAAGUAUUUGUGCUCUCUUGUGUCAUAUCUGUGGCUGUGGACCCUUUGUUCUUUUACAUCCCAGUGAUCAAGGACAAGGAGAAGUGCCUUGGUGUGGACAAUAAACUGGCUAUAAUUGCUUUUGUUCUUCGUUCACUCUUUGAUGCUUUUUAUGCACUUCAUAUAAUCUUUCAGUUCCGUACUGGGUUUAUUGCCCCUUCUUCUCAAGUAUUCGGAAGGGGUGAGAUGAUUAGUGAUCCGGUGGCAAUAGCAAAAAGAUACUUAUCCACAUACUUCCUCAUUGACAUUCUGUCAAUUCUUCCCUUUCCACAGGUGGUAGUUUUUGAUAUCAUUUUGUCAAUCAAAUUCCGAGUUCCAAUCAUGAAGCAAAUGCUGAAGCUCGUAAUCUUCUCACAGUAUGUGCCUAGACUUAUUCGGCUCUAUCCACUAUACAUGGAAGUAACAAGAACUUCCGGGAUACUGACUCAAACAGCAUGGGCUGGAGCUGCUUAUAAUCUUUUUCUCUAUAUGCUAGCCAGUCACGUAGUUGGAGCUUUUUGGUACUUGUUUGCCAUUGAACGAGAGGGUACAUGCUGGCAAAAUAAGUGUAUGACUAAUGGUGAUUGUAAAGAUAAAUAUUUUUACUGUGGAGACCGCGAUGAUUCAAAAUUAGACUUUGUAGGUCUAUAUAAGGAGUGCCCUGUUAAAAAACCCGAUGAUGUUGGAGAAAAUGACUUUGACUUUGGAAUGUUUACUGACGCUCUGAAGUCUGGAAUGGUACUGGAUAUAACAGAUUUUAAAGUGAAAUUAAGUUACUGCUUUUGGUGGGGUUUUCGUAACCUUAGCUCUCUUGGCCAAAACCUUGAAACAAGCACUUUUAUUUGGGAGAUAGUCUUUGCUGUGUUCAUAUCCACCUUUGGGUUGGUUUUAUUCUCGUUACUUAUUGGCAAUAUGCAGAGAUAUCUGCAAUCCACAACAAUGAGAGUAGAAGAAAUGAGAGUGAAAAGGACUGAUGCAGAACGGUGGAUGUCCCACCGUAUGCUCCCCGAGGAAUUAAGGGCACGAGUUAGACGAUACCAACAGUAUAAAUGGCAACUAACCAGGGGUGUUGAGGAAGAGAAUCUACUUCAAAGCCUCCCUAAGGACCUCCGAAGGGACAUAACACGCCAUCUUUGCUUAAACCUUCUCAAGAGUGUGCCAAUGUUUGAAAAAAUGGAUAUUCAACUGUUUGAUGCACUUUGUGAUCGUCUCAAACCAGUUAUUCACACAGAGAAGAGCUGCAUUAUCCUUGAGGGGGAUCCAGUGGAUGAGAUGCUCUUUAUCAUGCGAGGAAACCUGACCACUAUCACUACUAAUGCUGGAAAAAAAGGUAACGCUGGUGAUCUGAAGGCUGGAGAUUUCUGUGGAGAAGAACUUUUUGCGUGGGCCUUGAAUCCCCGCUCCUCUACCAGUCUUCCCAUUUCAACAAGAACAGUAAUAGCUCAGACAGAGGUUGAGGCCUUUGUGCUACGGGCUGCUGAUUUGAAGUUUGUGGCCUCUCAGUUUCGGCGUCUUCAUGACAAGCAGUUCCAGCAUAUUUUCAGGUUCUACUCCUUACAAUGGAAAACGUGGGCAGCUCGUCGCAUCCAAGCAGUUUGGCGCAGGUACCAUGAGAGAAAGCUUUAUAAGUCUUUGCAUGAAGCAGAAGACAGAUUGCAAGAUGGUGUGACAGAUGAAGCAGGGACCUCAAAGGUUGAACACAAUGGUGAAGGCAAAGCACCAAAAAGGUUGCUUCUACUGCCACAGAAGCCUGAUGAACCCAAUUUCAUUGGUGAAGAUUAAUAGAAGUAUGGUGUUUCAAGUGAUUAUUAUGUAAGUUUUGUUUUAAUAAACAAGGUUGACAUGCAAUAGGUUUCUGCGUAUUGCAUAUGUAACAUGUACUAAGCAAUUAAACUUCAGACAACAUAAUUUAGAACUUUCACUGUGUCACUGAGAAACUUCAAACACAUACAUGAGGAAUGUCUUGUGAUAAGCUUUUCUCGUAUAAUUCCUUCUUCAA